UCCACACCGAUUCGGCGUCGUCUUGAAGGCAAUUAGCCAAGGCCAGCGUUUUUCUUGUGAUAUCUUACAAUCAUCUAAGAUAUCUCUGUCAUGACCAGUCACCUUCUCCGUGGUUAAGGUGUUCAGUAAGGUCCUCAGCAUCCUAAGUGUUUUUGCAGCCUUGGUUACGAGGAGGCAAGUAUACAGCGGUGGGAAAGCAUAAACAGUGACUGGAAGAAUGGGAAAGUACAAGAAAUUGUCGUCAUCUUAUUUCAAAUUUGUCAACCCGCUCAUCAUAGCCAUGGUUGGAGCUGCGAUGUAUCUCAUGGUGAUGGCAUGGCUAGAUCCUAAAGGAGUUUCUCCAGUGUUCUUUGGUCGAGUUGCAGAGUUUAUUUCAUGGGUCGGCACAGAAAAUAAUGACCUAAUGAAGCAGUUGACUCUGUCUACAGUUGCCAUCCAUGCUUUUGAGUCUAUAUUAGCUCUCUACUAUUGCCAAAAGUUGAAGCUAGAUUCAGGUGUUACAUGCUGCUGGAUGAUACAAACUCUUUUUAUGGGAAUUUUUUCUCUCCGUUUUCUUAUUUGGCCUCAGAGAGAAGAAAAGUCAGCAGGAAACUCUAAGAAAAACAAAUAAAGGCGGGGACAUUUAUAAUUUUGUAAAAUGUCUAAGUAAAAACAUUUUUUAUACUUGACAAAGUCUUACAAUAAAAUAGACUAGAUC